CUGUAGCCCUUUUCACAAAAAAUCUUACGAUUAAUUUUUAUCGUAAGUGGAAACUUAAGUUUUUGUUCAUUUUCACGAAAAAUCUUACGAGAUUCUUACGUGUAAAAUUUGUCGUAACUUUACGAGAGCUUAUACCCUCUCUUAAGUGUAAAAAUAAAAACUUAAGUGCAAAUAUCUUGUCGUAAGAUUAUUAAUUGACAACAAAAAUGGCUGCCUUUUUUCUGCUUUUUGAAAACGAUCGUGCAUUGCGACGAGAACGUAUUUUUCGGGACCGAAUUAACCCACUAGAUAGAUAUACGGACCUAGAUUUGGUUGCACGAUACCGUUUUCCUCGGCGAGAAAUUCUUCUCUUGACUGAUUUGGUAAAUGAUACUGUACAGCAUCCAACCUCUAGAUCAUGUGCGAUUCCUGUUUAUAUCCAAGGGUUGAUCACUCUUCGAUUUUUGGCUAAGGGAGACUACUUGUCUGAAGUGGCAGACCUGCAUGGAGUCUCUGUUCCAUCAUCAUCCAGGAUAUUGCAUUCUGUCUGCCUAGCUUUAUGUCAGCAGCUGAACAACAUAACUUUCCCAAGCACACCGGAGGAACUAAAGAGAGUGAAGGAUGGGUUCUACAAGAUCGCUCAUUUUCCAAAUGUAGUAGGUGCCAUAGAUGGUACAUUGAUACCCAUACAAGGCAUGUCAGGAGAUGAUGAACCCCACUUCAUCUGCCGAAAGGGUUUUCCCUCCAUCAAUGUUCAGGGAGUUGUGGAUGCUGACCUUCGUUUUACCAAUGCUGUUGUGAAAUGGCCUGGAUCAACUCAUGAUUCCUUUAUAUUGACCAAUUCCUCUGUACCUCAACUGAUGGAAACUUUGAAUGGACCCUGGAUUUUGGGAGAUUCAGGAUAUCACCUAAAAAAAUGGUUGUUAACUCCUUUCAAUGAACCAAGCGGCACCAAAGAAGAGAACUACAAUCAAGCCCACUGCUCAACCAGAAACACAGUGGAAAGGGCUUUUGGGGUUCUUAAGUGCAGAUUCAGAUGCUUGCAUAAAACUGGAGGAAGUCUUCAGUUCACUGCCCCUAAAUGCAUCAAAAUGAUUGAAUGCUGCCUAAGACUGCACAAUAUGGCAAUUAAUAGACGACUCCCUCUUGAAGCUGCAGAUGAUCCCAUACAGAUUCUGCACAACAACACUGUAUAUAGAGGAAAUGGCAAUGAUGGUUUCAGGGUGAGACAGACCAUUGCUAAGAGGUUUUAAGAAAAUUAUCUAUAAAUUCAUGCAUUAUUCCUUAAAUUUCUUAUGACAUUGUGUAAAAAAUAGUACAUGUGUGAGUAUCCUCACACAGAAUCUGAUCAUGCAAUUUGUCUUAAUAUCAUAUAUCAAAUGAAAUGAAAAUAUGAUAUUUAGUUGAUGAAAAUAGCAAAUGUCUGAACGUUUUGAAAUGAUAAUUAUGAUCAUAUAAAUGCAAAUAUGAAAUGAAUAUGUAAAUGUAAAUAUUCUCAACAUAGUUGUGAAAUAUACUUUAAUAUCAUUUUAUUUCUUUUACAUGUAACAUUAUAAAAGGUGUAUGUCUGUAUGUCUUUAUGUCAAUUUUCUCUCAUUCUCUCUGGUUCUCUCUUACUAUAAUUGCUCUAUCUCUUGAUCCUUCUCUCUCUCUCUCUCUCUCUCUCUCUCUCUCUCUCUCUCUGAUUUAGUAAAUGAAAUAGAAUUAUCUGUAAAUUAUAAUUGUAUAGUUGAGCUGUAACAUUGGAUUGUUGUUUAUCAAGGAAAAAACCGACAAAUUUCAUUAAAUCUUUAACAGCUUUAAUAAUAUGCAUGUACAGCUAUAAAUAUUGAUAGAAGUUUAUAACAAUAACAUGUACAUGUAGUAAGAAUUGUUAGUAUGAUAGUAUUAUAAGUAAAUGUUUCAAAGUGUUUGUUGCCUUAAAAUGAUAAUUAUUUCAGUUUAUAUGAAGUGAAUGAAUUUCUUCAUAUAUUUCAUUUUUUCCUGAUUAUAAACUGUUUAAAAAUUUGUAUUUAAAGCAUUAUUAUCACAAAUUAAAAAUUAUUGUAAAUUUUCAUAGAGUUUUUUGUCAAUUCUAUAUCUGACAUUGAUAGUUUGAAUAAUUGUUGGUCUUGUCAAUGAAUAAAGAAUUGAAUUAAAAGUAACUGACCAGAAAAUUAUUUUUCAACUUGCUUAUUUUCACCAAAACAGCAAUUUUAAAGUGACAAAGUAAAAAUUGCUUGUAUCAUUGGUAUUACAUGUAUAUUACUGAGUUGUCUUAAAUCAUGUAAUCAUAAAUGAUAUGAAAUAUAUUCAGAAAUGUUAUUGUUGACAAAAAUAUAUCUGCUAUUUGACAAUCAUAUCUGAUUCAAUAUACAUGUUUAAUAAUUAUAUGAAGAAAAAACUCUCUGUCUGUCUCUCUCUUUCUAUCUCUCUGUCUCUCUCUCUAUGUCUCUGUCUCUCUGUCUGUCUCUCUGUCUCUGUCUCUCUCUCUCUAUCUCUCUCUCUCUCAAAUUGGAAAAAAAACUAUUAUGAAAUAUGGAUUAAGGUUGGGAUUAAAUAAUUGAAACCUUCAGCUAUCUUCUGAAUUAAAAUGUUCAUCCAAAUAUUUUCAUUUACAUAGACAGAAAAAAAGAUUCUUGUAUAAAUGCAGUAUUUCCUACAGAAUACAAUGUAUGUGUACAGGAACA